GCGUUUGUCGACCUGGAUUUGUCGGUCAGUCUUUCCCACGAAGCCAAAAGCAAAUAAAAAGGAGUGUUGUGGAGGAAGAAGAGGGUCGUGGAUUGUGAGUUUACAUUAAAACAAGAGCAAAAAAAGGUUGAUGGAGUUAGCUCUGAGCUUGGGUGAUCCAUCAAAGCCAUUCUUGUUUAUAGAGAAAACCCCAAAGCUAUCAAGCAAUGAUCUAGGGUUUUGCAUAGAAGCUACUACUAGAGAUGGAGACAACAAAAGGGUUUCUUCAGAUCUUCAUCUGCUUCCCUUCUCUCCUCUUCGUCGUACGCCACCUUCUUCCCAGCUUCGUCUUCCUUGGCUCACUGAUAAUCUGCACGAAACGGGUUCAUCAGAAGGACCAGUAAGAGGGUUAGACGUGAACCGGCUACCGCUGGUGGCGUUGGGGGAUGAAACGGAGGAAGGGGCGGCGCAGUCGUCUUCGAACAGCGCGGUGUUAUCUUUUCAGAUGGAUUUUGGGAUUACACACGGAGGCAGAAGAGGCAAGAGAGACAACAUGGAAGGUGAAACCGAAAGGGGUAGCUCAAGAGCCAGUGACGAUGACGACAACGGUUCAACCCGGAAGAAACUGCGGCUCUCUAAAGAACAGUCUGCUUUUCUGGAAGAAAGUUUCAAAGAACACAACAGCCUAAAUCCCAAACAAAAGCUUGCUUUGGCGAAGCAGUUAAAUCUCCGCCCUCGACAAGUGGAAGUCUGGUUUCAGAAUAGAAGAGCAAGGACGAAAUUGAAGCAGACGGAGGUAGAUUGUGAGUAUUUAAAGCGAUGGUGCGAAAAACUGAGAGAUGAAAAUAGAAGGUUACAAAAAGAACUGCAGGAGUUGAGAGCUUUAAAGACUUCUGAACCGUUUUACAUGCACUUACCUGCCACUACCCUAACUAUGUGUCCUUCAUGUGAGCGUGUUGCCACCGCCGACGGCGGUUCCAAAACUGGAGGGUACCCUUUUUCGCCACCGCAAACACUUGUGACCCACAGCCAGUCCCCAACCGACCAGGCUGCCUUGUAAAAUCAUUGGAUGUGACCACUGACCAGUCAAAAA